UCUAUGUAUUUUACACAUCCAUAGUCAUAGUUUAAUUGUGGAUACUCGAGAGAACUCGAGUAGAAUUUAAAAAGUGUACGUAAUAACAUUUGUGCGUCAUAUUAUUUAAAUAUUGUAUAUUGUAAUUGUUUGCAUUAAAUCAAUUAAUUUAAACUUUUGUCAUCUGAGAAUAAAAAAUUUGGAUAACCUAUUAAAGAGACCUGCCAAAAAUGAGAUAUUUUCAGAUGUAAUAUAGAAACAUUUAAUUAUUAGAAUUCUACCACUUUAUAGAAAUUCACAGUUUUGUAUUCAUUAUUGAAGAGCAAUUGUAUCAAUUAUGAAUGAAACUUUAGAAACACAAAAUAAAGACUCUGUCAUAAGUGAGCAAGAACGUGAUUUAGCACAAAAUGCAUUAUCGGAAUUUCAAAAAGGGUCUUAUGCCUCAUGCUUAUCUUACUUAAAUAAGUUAGAAAGCCUCCGGCCUAUGGAUCUCAAAGUUACACACAACAAGGUUGUGGUGGAAUAUUAUAAAAGUGAUUUGAAAAAGACCGAGUUAAUGCGAAAAAGUUUAAUUGCUAUAUGUGGCCAAAUAUCAACAGAUUCCAAUGAGGCCAUAGAUGAUGUUGAGAAGUGUGUUAUGAGAUAUAAUCAAGCUGUUUUAUUGUAUCAUACUAAACAAUACAAUGCUGCGCUUCAAAUCAUGACCAGGCUAUUUGCCUUUAUCGAGCCAAUGGAAGAAACCUUAGCAAAUAAAGUUUGUCUCCUACUGAUCGAAUUAUAUAUAAUAAUGGAACAACCGGAUCCAGCUCUUUCAAUAUUAAAUUAUGUCGAAAGUCAGUAUGUAUCUAUCGAUGGUUCUAAAAUAUCAUCCGUUGACAAGGACGGAAUAAUAAAGUCUAAAAUAAAGGAGCAAAAAGAACAAAAGAAAGACAUCAAUGAUACAGUGAUCGAUGCAUUCAAGAUUAAACUCUUAAAAUGUAAAGCAAGAAUAUAUCUUUUGACUCAUCAAUUGAAACUCUGCAAAAAAGAAUGGAAAACAUUAGUUUCGCUGGGCACAAUAGUGAAUACAUCAACCAUUUUUUUAAAGGCUAAUCUGGAGUAUUUACGAGGAAAUUACAAGAAGGCAAUGAAAUUGUUGAAUUCCGCAACAAUAGAAAGACAUUUAGAUUACAAAUUACAUGGAGAAUCUUCGGCUGUUUUAUAUUAUAACAAUAUAGCAUGCUUAUACUUUGCAAUGGGCAAACCAAAUUUAGCUUGUCUUUAUCUUCAAAAAGCUUUACAUGAAAACAAAUGUGCAGUAGAGAGUGUACAAGUCAAAGACAGUGAUCCUUUAUUUUCUCAGUCGCUAUACACACUUGGUGGCGAUAAACAUUACGAGCUGAUGUACAGUUUGGGUGUAUCGUUAUUGCAUGCUGGUAAAGCAUCAGAAGCCUUUGAUCGCUUUACAGAAGCUGCACAAAAGUUGCAUAAUAAUCCUAAACUUUGGCUCAGAAUGGCAGAAUGUUGUAUCUCUAACCACAAGGAUUCAAACAAAGUGGAUUUUGAUCCAAAGCGACGCAAAGAUUUAGUGCAGAAAGUUAUAGGUUCUGGUAUUCAUAAGAAAAUCAUAUUGGCCGCAUCUCUUUCAAAAAAUGUUAAUUAUCAUUCAGAAGGCCUAUCCUAUGCAAUUCCACAACCAACAUUGGAGUUUGGAAGUUUAUGCCUGAAGAAUGCAUUAAAUUUAUUACCAAAUAAUAAUGAGCCCAAUUUGCCUCAAACGGCUAUAAUAAAUUCACAAACAGUGACAAGUACACUACCAUUAACAUCUAGUCACAACUUGGGUAUGCACCAUGCAACAUUAAUGUCCCAAGCUACUAUUAUCGAAUCUUUUAAUUUGAAAAUUAGUGUAUUAGCUGCUAGUGCAUAUAUUUCUUUGUGUCUUGGAGAUUAUAUACUUUCGCUCGAACAUGCAAAGGCUUUACUAAAUUUUAAUAAGUUACCUGGAGCGUAUAAACUGUUGGGUAAUUUAUAUGCCGCCGAAAGUCUGAUCUUUAUGGAUAGAAUUAGCGAAGCACUGGAGUAUCUCAAGUUGGAAAAUCUUCAAGAUUUGCAUACAACUAUAUCAAUGCCAGAAGUUCAAGAGAAAGAUAAAGAAAAAAUGGAGGAAGUUACAGCAAAGCCUACAAAAGCAUGGUAUCCUACUACAGUUUCUACCGGCAUUGCUGUGUUACAUUACAAUUUGGCUGUAGCUUACGCCAUACGAGGUGAACUAGAUAAAUCUGGAAAAACUUUAAAGCAAAUAUGGACGUCUAAAGAAUCAGAUUGUGAUAUACCUAUACAAGUGAUAAUGCUAGCUUUGUACAUAGAGCUACAAUUAGGUCGUGCUGACACUUCAAAGUCAAUAAUAAAACAACAUUGUCCACAAUAUCGUUAACAAUCAAGAUAUAAAAUAUAUCUCCAAAAAGCUACAAAUACUAAUAUUCAUAAUGCGCGCGCAUACAUAUGUAUAUAAAUUAAAAAUAAAUUGGUUCUCAAGGUAA